GCUAAGAUUGUGAAAACCGACUAAUGUCAAAAAAAUUAAAGUUGGUUAUGUUGCGCUCAUGUUGACAUUGUAGAUGGUUUAUUUUAGGUUCUAAAAUAUUUUAAUAUUUUUCAUAAUAAUGGCAGAAGAUGACCUUUCAUCUAAUCCCAUGGGAAGUAACAGUGAAGAACAUAAUUCUGAAACCGAGCCCGCUUCACAUUUACAAUUAGAUUUAGGUGACGAUUCUCCAUAUAACGUAAGAGAAUCAAAUAGGUUAGGGAAUCAAAACGCUCCAAUGUCAGGGACAAGCUCCAAUAAUAAUGACACGCAUAGACGAGAAGACAAUCCAUUUUCCUUUAAACAUUUUCUACGAAGCGACUCUACAAACACUAAUUACCAAGCUAAAGGUGCUAGACCGAAAGUAUAUGAAAAUCGAUCUGCUUCUAUAAACUUUGGAAGCAAUUUACCUGAAUCGAAACCACCGCGAUUGCUUCCAGAGUAUUCAUCAGCUUUACCGGAUUUUGUACAGGAUCAUCUAGUCAUAGAGCAGUGCUAUUUAGGAAAUCCGUCGUCUAACAAUUAUAAUCUGGAUAUUGAUAAUUUACCUGAUUUCACGCCUGCUAGACAAAACAGGAACAAUGGUAUUAGCGUUGAAAAUGACCACAGUCGAACUCCUCUAGAUCUGCCUAUUAGAUCUCAGGAUUCGUUUCCUUUGGAUUUACCUAUAGGUGGGCCGAAUUCAGGGCAUUCGAGAAAUGGAUCAGCAAGUGAGGUUGGAAACUCAAAAAGUUUGCCGGACUUCCUAGCAGACAGUGCGGUGUGCUCGCAGAAAAACGAAACGAUAUCUGUACCCCAUAGCCCAGAGGGAGAAUUCGAAAGACUGAGAAAUGAAUUAGACAUCACAAAAAGACAUCUAGUUGAUAAAAGUAGAUUAUGCGAUAGUUUAAAUAGAGAAUUGGAAGUUGCUAGAACUAAGGAACACGAAUAUACUCAAAAUCUUGCCAGGGCUCUUGAAAAAGUCGAGGAUAAUUUGCAGAAGAGUAAUAGGAGAGCAGUAGCUGCAGAAAAUAUGGUAUUCAAAUUGAAACAGGAAAUACAAUCUCUCACUGCCCAACUCAGUUCUAUCCAAUCUGGAAGCCAUGGUGAGAUGGGAGAAGAAGCUGCUGGAGGCCACGGAUAUUACAAUUCUACAAACCAUUUGCACUAUCACAGAUUAGCUCAAGAAUUAAGAACUGCUGCUGGUACAGCGGAACAUUCAUUAAGGCAAUUGCUUACUGGUGUUGAUAAUUUAAGAAUAAUGGCAGCUUCUUUAGAAAAUAUGCAUCGAAUAGAAGAGACCAGCAAUCCAUUCUCAAAUUUCGAUGAAGACGCUGGACCAGCACUAUAACUUUUUAUACAGUAGCUUGUUUUUAUUGUAGUAUUAUUAAGUACUGUACAUAAAUAAUUUUUAUUUAUUGUUACAUUGGAAAUUUUUGAUACAUGUGAUUUUAUUUAAUUUAUAAAGUAUUAAUUAGAUUUGUCAACGUUGUAUAUAUUUAUACAAAUUGUAAAACGCGCCUUAUUUUAAGAAAUCUUGCCAUCGGUUUGCAUGUCAAUAAUUUCGAUUCUAAUAACUCGAAUAUAUGAAAAUCUGGUAUCUUCGUUAUUCUGAAAUGUGAUGUUCGGUUACCAGUGCCAUUUGAAUUAAGUUAUCGUGUCAAAUGGAUUAUAACCUGGAUUACAUUAAAUUAAAUAAUAUUAUGUCAAAAAAGUACGUUUUUUACAAUAAAAUGAUAAAUUAUCAAUUCUACUAGGGUAUUUUAAAUCUGACGAG